GUCUCAGCGGGCGUCCCGGCGAACCUGGGAUACGGUCUCUUCCCAGUCCGCUCCGGAAAUGCAACUGCGUACGGGCUCGUCACGUAAUCGUGACGUCAGCGCGCCCGCGCCGGCUGGCUGGACGCCCUAGUCUUCCGCGAGAUCUUCGGUGGGGGUACGGGUGCUUUACGCCACCGCGCUGCUGCGUUUGGGUUCUCUUCUGCAGACUCUGUGGACCUGGUCACGAUUCCACAAUGUACCACAACAGUAGCCAGAAGCGGCACUGGACUUUCUCCAGUGAGGAGCAGCUGGCAAGACUGCGGGCCGACGCCAACCGCAAAUUCAGAUGCAAAGCAGUGGCCAACGGGAAGGUUCUUCCAAAUGAUCCAGUCUUUCUUGAGCCUCAUGAAGAAAUGACACUCUGCAAAUACUAUGAGAAAAGGUUAUUGGAAUUCUGUUCGGUGUUUAAGCCAGCAAUGCCAAGGUCUGUUGUGGGUACGGCUUGUAUGUAUUUCAAACGUUUUUAUCUUAAUAACUCAGUAAUGGAAUAUCACCCCAGGAUAAUAAUGCUCACUUGUGCAUUUUUGGCCUGCAAAGUAGAUGAAUUCAAUGUAUCUAGUCCUCAGUUUGUUGGAAACCUUCGGGAGAGUCCUCUUGGACAGGAGAAGGCACUUGAACAGAUACUGGAAUAUGAACUACUUCUUAUACAGCAACUUAAUUUCCACCUUAUUGUCCACAAUCCUUACAGACCAUUUGAGGGCUUCCUCAUUGACUUAAAGACCCGCUAUCCCAUAUUGGAGAAUCCAGAGAUUUUGAGGAAAACAGCUGAUGACUUUCUUAAUAGAAUUGCAUUGACGGAUGCUUACCUUUUAUACACACCUUCCCAAAUUGCCCUGACUGCCAUUUUAUCUAGUGCCUCCAGGGCUGGAAUUACUAUGGAAAGUUAUUUAUCAGAGAGUCUGAUGCUGAGAGAGAACAGAACUUGCCUGUCACAGUUACUAGAUAUAAUGAAAAGCAUGAGAAACUUAGUAAAAAAGUAUGAACCACCCAGAUCUGAAGAAGUUGCUGUUCUGAAACAGAAGUUGGAGCGAUGCCAUUCUGCUGAGCUUGCACUUAACGUAAUCACGAAGAAGAGGAAAGGCUAUGAAGAUGAUGAUUACGUCUCAAAGAAAUCCAAACAUGAGGAGAUCGCCAAACUUUGGCAUCAGAGCAAGGUCCACACUUAUCACUGAAAAUUUUCCCACCCAGCCCCAUUAAAAAAGUUAAAGUGUGAGAGAUUUUAUUUCAACACUGACAAGCUAGUUACUACAGGGCCUACAAAGGUAAGUAACAAGUUUCCAUUUCAACUUGAGAGACAAAUGAUGUUAAAAUAUAAGAAGCAGGGUAAGUCAGGUUUGUGAUUUUAAAUAAAAGGGAGAAGGAUUUCAGACGGAGGAAUGACAGGUUAGUAUGGCUAAAGAUUGAGGCAUGAUUAGCGGGAGCCAAAGUGCACAACAAAAAUAUCUUGACUAGUCCAUAUCCUCCCUGUUUUCUAUCCCAGGAAGGAGACCACCUGGGAUACUAUGUUGGUCCAAAUCCAGCUAAAAACAGAAGGGAUGGAAAGGAGAGUAAUUUGAUAAAAGAGCCAAGAAGGGAGAGAAUGGAAUGAAUUGAGUUGAUUUCAAGGAAAAGGAGCAUGGGACAUGUUGAGAUUUUUGGUAUCAGUGUUAAACUGUGAUUGAAGCCACAUAGAUUAGCAGCCCCCAUAGAAAUAAUUGCCUUUUGUAGCUUGGAACUAUUAAGCAGACAUCUUUUAAGCCCUUAGCAUUUUUUUUCCUGUAUUUUAUACAUUAGAGGAAUAGCAAAAAGUGUUGCUCUUGGAAUCUAGGCCUUUCCUUACUGUGAGAACACCUCCUUGGGUUCCUGUCUGACUCACUUUGAUUACCAGUAUCAUUCUGCCACAUAUAUUCCAUGUCUCCUAUCUAUCUGCCCUGCACAAUUAUGAGAGGGAAGGGAUUGUUGCAUAUAUAGAAUCCUUUUCAAAAGAGGCCAUUGGCAAAAAUACUAAUCUAAAGCUUCAGCUUCUCCCUGGGCCUUGCUCUGGUGCUAAGGUUUAAAUUGCCUCCGAAGGAGGAAGAAAAUAAACAAAUUAAAUGCUUAGCCCUAUUUAGACUGAUUAUUAGACAGAAGUAAUCAAUUAUGCAAGAUAUCCCUUGGUUUUAUUUUAACUUAACCUUUGUGAAUACUUCACAAAAAUACACAUACAGAAGUAAAUAAAACUAUACAGUUGAACUAAAUAUCCAGCAGAUACAACAAGUAGUCAGAAGUUCAAAGAUGGAUAAGUUAGGCAGCUGAUGAGGUUGUCUGCAUAAUCAAAGGGGUAGCACAAAUAAUGAACAAAUAACUUUUAACAAAAGCAUUCUAGUUAACAUAAAAGAAAUUGGUAGUCUAUAAAAUGGUUGAAUGGGUAACAUGCAUUGAUCAAUACAACAACCAAUAAUAUUUACUGAAUUCAAACUAUUUACUGUUGUAAACAUUUAACAAAGCAUUAUGAGCUCUAAAUACAGUCUUUGACAAUUUCAACAAAAUAAGUAGUAUGUUUAAAAAAUAAAGCUGAUGAGCAAUAGAUCAUUCUAUAUAUUUUCUUUCAACAGUUCCAGCAAGAGAAAUAGCAGAGUAUUUUUUUAAAGUAUACAGCAAAGAUUGUUCCUAUUAUAAUGAUAAACUCUGGAAACUGUAAAUACAAAUAAUCAUUGAACAGUCAAAUGGUCAUAUUCCUAAUCAGGAAGUAGUUACAGUAAGAACAGUCUGCAAUCCAGUUAUACACAAUUGUCAAUAAGAGAAUGUGUUUCUUGUCAGUUGAUUACAUAGUUCUUUCUCUAAGAGACAGCAAAACUUUGGCAACUGGGUGUACUGAAAAUAUAUUUUGAAAGUUCAAGAUAUCAAGAUAUAGUCAUAGCAUUUCAUUUUGUGAAAGGUGAUCUGUACACCAAGGCUCAGAGGUUGUUAAAGAAUUGAUUCCAUGUGGAAAUAGUGCAAAUAUCCUGCACAGACAGCUUACAAGGUUGCUGGCAUAGUUAUUCACCAGCAGAAUCUUGGGUUUUGUUUGCAUAGCUCACACAUCACUGGAAUGUGGAAAAGUGUGCUAUUUUUUGGCAAGAGCAAAGGAGACAUUAAACUGAAGUGAAUUACCAUGUUGGGCAUGCUGAAUCCAUGCAGAACGCUGGGGCGAAGGCUGCUACCUGACAUCAUUGGUUUUUGUAUACUGGUUUUGUUUUUGUUGAAGCAGUUCUGUUAUAGCCAGAAGCUUUUUCAAUACAUGCUAGACAGAGGAAAAAUGGUAUGAAAAUAAAUGAAAGCUCGGUCAGCAAUUUCAGGAUGGGAACCUGGAUUUUAAAAAAACCAUAUCAAAGCAAAAGGAUGCAUAAAAUAUUACAAUUCCACUCAAAACAUAAGUUUCUAUUAUUCAGUCAUUGGCUGAGUAUUUCUGGUGAUAAUUAAGAGAAUUUUUAUACCCUAAAGUGAACAGAAACUCGUUUGUGUUUGGCAUGCUCCUAUUUUUUAGGCCAGAACUAUCACACUAUCACAUGCUGCCAGAAGCAGUUUACCUCUCUUUAAAAAAAAAAAAAAAAAAAAAAGGCUUUUAUUUUUUAUUUAAUAUCUAAGGCAAGUCCAAGUCAUAUUAUUAGUUUUGAAAGCUGGUGGGGGAGGGGCGGGGAGGAACAGGACUUGAGGAUUCUAGAAUCUUAGAUUGUAGAGAACUCAGUCACCAAACUCAAUGCUUUAAAAUCCCUUCUACAAAAUCCCUGCCAAUGGUUAGCCAGUGCAGUGACAGCAUUCACCAUCUCCUGAAACUACAUUAGAAACUAGUCAAAACUGUCCCUGUGGUCACUUCCUCUCAGUGGCCCUUAUGUCAGCUGAGGACAUUCAAAUGUAACUCAUUUUGUUCUAUAUCUCCAAUAUCUUAAUUGACCUGGUGUUAAGUCCCUUCAAAUUCUGGUCUGGUCUUUGAAUACAUCCUAAUCUGUAUCUGUUUGGUGCAGACGGCAGAUAGAAGUCUUAUCAAUGUAGUCUACUGUUCUCAAAGUGUAGGCCAUGGUUCACUUGCAUCAGAAUACCUAUAAAUUCCUGUUAAGAGUUUGUUAGACGUGCAGCUUUCAAGGCCACACUUCAGAAUCUCUGGAUGUGAAAUUUGACAAACAUCCCAAAUAAUAAUCAUUUGUUUCACAAUUUGAGAAUCACUUUGGCCAUGCACUGUAUCUGUAUGUGACAGAGAAAAGACAGAAACUGAAAGAAAAAAUCAAUAUUGACUAACUAGCCAUUUUCACAUAUGCCACCAAAGUAUUGUUACACUGUUUUCCAGUAGAAUUAACAUUCGGACUCAAGAGCAAAACCUGAUGUUUUUCAGUAUUAAAUGUACAUCAUUUUAGUCUGGGCCGGUUAUUUCUGUCUGCUGAGAUAUUUUGUAAUAUGAUGCAGAGUCUCAAAAGUUUAAUGUAACAAGAUAAAAAUGUUAACCAGAAUUCAGCUAUUUAUUA